ACGUCACAUAACAAAUUCGUCCUGGGUCGACUUGUUUUGCGGCUUGCCUGCGGUAUCAAAGACUGCAAUUUUUCGUUUCGGAAAACGAUUUGGUGGCUCCGUAAGAAGAUUUUGUGCCCUGCUGACGUGCUCUGUGAAAGCUCCGGUGCCCUGCACAGGUAGCAUUUCGGGGUGCGGCACGUGCCCGGCAGCUCUGGGUCGCGUUUUGUGCACCGUCGCUGUGGGUCAAGGGGAGCCCAAAAAUAAAACUUGUAAUCGGGGAUGCAUUUGCCAACGGGCCUGGCGCUGCUAUUUUUAUUGCAUUGACACGCAAAUCGUGUCAAGUCUAGUGGAGCGUCUCUCUCGAACCAGCAGCUGCAGCACUCCUCGCUCUUCGCAGUGGUCCAUGUGAUGAGCAAGAUGACGUCCAGGAACUUCUUCAAAAAUGUCUGCGACCUUCCGUACGGCCAGACGCACAGGGACAGGGCCGCCCUGUACAGCAGCUGCAAAGAUAGCAAAGAACUCUUGCAAAGGAUGAGACUGAGCAAAGCUCUGGGAGUUCACGAAGGAUGUGUCAAUACCCUGUGCUGGAAUUCCAGAGGCGACUGCAUCCUCUCAGGCUCCGAUGACCAGCGUCUGGUCAUUACAAACUGCUUCUUGAAUAAAAUUGUUGCCGAACAAAAGACUGUUCACCGAGCAAACAUCUUCAGCGCCAAGUACUUAGUGGACAAUGACGACAGCAUUGUCGUCUCCUGUUCUGGAGAGGGAUUAAUCCUAGUAACAGACAUGACAAGGAAGGACCAGGCAGGACAGAGGAGCAUCUUCAAGUGCCACUACGGCACCACGUAUAAUGUACAAACAGUGCCUGGCGACUGCAACACCUUCCUAAGCUGUGGCGAGGACGGGACAGUCAGAUUUUUUGAUCUCAGACAAAGGAGCAGCUGUUUGCAGUCUUCUUGCAGUGAGGAUGUGAUACUUUCUUGGGAAGGUGCGGUGACCACAAUGGCCGUCAAUCAAAUGCGGCCUUAUCAAUUAGCCGUGGGUUGCUCGGACAGCACUGUGCGGCUCUUCGAUCGUCGCAACUUGAUCACAAAGUCCGCAGGAGGUAAACCAGACGACGGAUUUAGGAAGUCGGCCCUGUGUUCGUUUACGGCGCCCGAUCUUGAAAAUGCACUCUAUCGAGUGACUUCAUUAAAGUUUAGUCCCAAUGGUGAUGAUAUGCUAGUCAGCUACUCCGCAGACUAUUUGUACUUGUUUAAUAUACAGGAAAUCACAGCUAGUGCUCAAAGCUAUAACUCGAACGGAACAUCAACUCGCAAGCUCAGCUCGAAGUCUGCACCCCCUAUCAAAAGACUGCGCCUUCGAGGGGACUGGUCGGACACAGGGCCCAACGCUAGACCCGAGAGCGAAGAGCAAAUAGCGCAAGUUCGUCCAACCCUGCAAGCAACCUUGAUGCAAAGGAUGACGGACGUUUUGGCCAGGAUGCUUAACGACCCUGCCACAAGACUGGCUCUAGGUGGAGUUUCCGAAAACGCUGGCAGAGUGGACACAAGAAGGGAUAAUGAGCCUGGCAGAGAAUUGAAUGUGUCGCUCCCCAACCCUGAAAGGGUAUCUCCACUUCCGUCUUCUUCAACGGCAGGUCCGUCCACCAGUGGAGAAAGAGACUCGACUUCUGAGGACUUUCUGGAAAGUGAUGAUGAAAAAGCAGUCAACGAAGAGGUCGGUCUGCACCUUUCUCGAACGGACGUUUUGACCCCUCAGGCCAAGCAAAAGUAUGUCGGCCACCGAAACGCGCGCACCAUGAUCAAGGAGGCGUCCUUCUGGGGGGAAAACUACAUCAUGUCUGGCUCGGACUGCGGCCACGUCUUUGUCUGGGACAAACACAGCGCCGAACUGGUCAUGCUGUUGGAGGCGGACAAGCAUGUGGUGAACAGUCUGCAGCCGCACCCACACCUGCCUCUGCUGGCCACCUCGGGCAUCGACUAUGACAUCAAGUUGUGGUCACCCAUGGCUGAGAUGCCAUUCUUCGAUUCAGUCGAGGCUGAGAGGUUGAUGGUUCGGAACAAGAUAAUGUUGCAAGAGACGCGAGACACGAUCACAGUGCCGGCCUCGUUCAUGAUUCGGAUGUUGGCGUGUCUCAACCAAAUCAGGCGAGGUACGCGACCUUUGGCACGCCAGAGGAGACAAGCGAGUGACCUGUCCUGAUUUGGCAAGAGCAAAUUUUUGGGACUUUUUUACGAGAUCGAAAAAAAUUCAUGCUUUUUUAUUUAUUUUGGCACAAAAAAUUGUGUGUUCUUCUUUCUAAACUCGACCCUUUCACUGUCCUUUUGUUAAUUAUUUAUUUAGUAUUAUGUAAGUGUCUAAUUUAUUUUUGAAUGUUUAUAAAAAAAUAAGCAGUAUCAAAGUUUUUGUAUAGGAGAUUGAGUGCAGAGGGCUCUGAUGAAUUUGUGUAAUUGAGAUAAUUUGAAAAUUAUAUUUUCUUCUUUGGGUUAAUUAAGUUAAUUUUUUCUCUCUGGUUCCUAUGAGCUGCAUAUUACAACAAGCCUGGUGAUAUAAGACAUAAUAUUUUUUAGUUUUAAUACGAUGAAUAAUUUUUGGUCAUAAAUCAUCAGGUUGCCAAUUGUGUAUUUUAUUUAAAAAAUAAAUAAAUAUCAAACCAAGCUAAGGAAGAAAAUUAUUGGUCAAGUUCAGAUGUAAAUAUAUCCAAUAUAAUAAAAUGAAUCU